AUGAAAAAAGCACGUUCCAACCCAAAAUAUUAAUAAAAUUAUUCUCCCUAAGCCGAUCCAAAUAAUAAAGAAUAUAAGAAAUAAGCAUAAAUAUCAACAAAAGUCAUUUCUAAGAAGUUAUAGGAAUUUUAUAUUGAAAUAACACCUACAACAGUCAAAUAAUUAAGUGAUGAACUAAGUUUGUCAGUUCUAAAAGGUAUUGAUGAUGAGAUGGACCUCAUUUGCGUGCGCUUUGCAGAAACUGGUGGACAUUGCAUUGACCUAAAAAAGAUGAGAUUAAUCAAUACUCUUAAUGGAAAAUCCAGACAAAUUUAUUGUAAAGUUCCUUUCGGUAAAACAUUACUUAAAUAAAACAACAAUAAAGUGUAAAUGUCACCAUAAACAUCAAACAAUUAAUUAUAAUAUACAUAAUACCAUUGGUAUGAAUAGAGAAAUGGCUAAUUCAGACCUUUAUAAUAAUAAAUCAGUGAUAUGAUUGAAAAUUUCUACUAGAAUGCUUGUUAGACUGGUUAAUCCAUUUAUGAAUUCACUUUGCAAAAACAUAGAUUUAUAAUUGAUCUGAAAGAAGGCACUCUUGAAAAUACAAAUACCCUAACUAUCAAUCAUAUUUAAAGGAGAAACAUUUAAAAGCCCUACUAGGAAAUACCUAAAAAACCUAUUAGUAGAGGAGCCUUAAAGAUAAUAGUGUGGUAGUAUUAAUUGUAACCAAAAUCUUAUGAAUGGAAUAACUAUGAUCAAGAGAAUACAGAUGCACUUGAGAAAGCAUACGAAAAAUAUUGCAAAAACUCGACAAAAUCAAAUACUCUAAAUGUAAUGAGGAAUACUUCAAAAUACUAUAUUGAUUUUGAUAAGAUGAUUGAAUACAAUUUAUUUAACAAAGAAUCAAGAUAAAUUCGUAGAUUCCUCGAAGAAGGUUGA